AUGCAUAUGUCACAUUUUAAUAAUCAUGAACCAUUAUGUAUUGUACAUGGUUGUCCAAAUGGUUUACAAUCAAAUUCUUCAAUACAAUAUUUUGCUGUACCUGUUCAUAUUGCAAAUAUUGCUGCAGCUUGGUACAAAAAUACAAUGCGUACAGAUUUACGCCCAUCACAUAUACAUCGUGUAUGUGAACAACAUUUUGAAGAAUCAUGUUUUGAUUAUGUUGGUAAUGGUACAAAAGUUCUUAAACCAAAAUCAUUACCAACAUUAUUUGAUUUGGAAGUUUUUUAUAAAAUGAUAUCAUUUCAAGAUAAAUUACAAGAAACAAAUAAAACAAAUAAAAAAACGAAUAUUACAUUUCAUACAAGUAAUCCUGAAAUUGAUGGAAGAACAUUAGAACCAAUAUUAAAAUUAGAAAGUGGUCAUGUUAAAACACGUUUAGCACCUACAAUGACAGGAAAUUUAUUUCAACAAGAACAAAUUGAAAAAAAUCAAUCAUCAUUUAUUAUUAAUAAAACAACACAAAAUCAGCAUGAAAAUUUUGAAAAUAAAGCAUCAAAUCGUUGUCAUGUUGAUGGUUGUAUACAUAAUUAUGUUGCACGUCGUCAUCGUGUACAAUUAUAUAAAAUUCCACGUGAUCCAACUGUUGCUCGUCAAUGGCUUGAUGCUUGUGGUUUUGAACAUUUAUCAAUUUCACCAUUAACAUCAACAUUCAAAGUUUGUCGAGAACAUUUUAUACCAAAUGACUUUGAAGGACCUACAACAUUACGUCCAAAUGCUGUACCAUCAUUAUUUACAACCCAUUCUCGAUCACUUAUGGAUAAACAAAAUUCCUCACCAACAAAACGUUUUCGAUCUGAUAUGACAAAUAUACGUACAAAACAAACUAUAACUAAUAUUAAUUAUAAUAAACAACGAACAACACCAUUAUCUUAUCGUAAUAAUAAUAUGAAUAAUUAUCAAAAACAACAAGAACAAUCAAAUCAAAAUCUUUCAGUAUCACCAACAUCUGACAAUUUUGAUGAUAGUAUUAAAGAAAUAAAUAAUGAUACAAAACAAAUUAAUGAUAUGGAUUUAAAUAUGUUUUGUUUUGAAGAGCAAUUAUCGGAUAGUCAAAUGAUACAUUGUCCUGUUAAAGCUCUUGAUCGAACCGAUACAACAAAUGGUGUAACGAUUAAACCACGUAAUCCUGUUGGUCGCCCUCGUAUACAUCCACGUUAUCCACCAAAUACACCAUUACAACCACCUUCAAUUCAUCGUUCAACAUAUAUUGAUGAUGAUCCGGAUGAAUUAGAAGAUUUAGACGAUUGGAAUUUAGAUGAAGUUGAUCAAGAUGAUACAAUACGUGAUCGUGAUUGGGUUAAUCGUCAACAAGAUGAUCGAUUACCAUGGUCAAAACGACCUAAUUCAACAGUAAAUAAUUAUUCAUCAACAUAUCAACGUGGUAAUAAUGCAAAUUCUUAUCGAAAUAUUCGGCAAUCCAUGCCAUUACAACAACAACAGCAACGUCAUACAAACAGUAAUCAACAACGUCCAACACGUGGACAAUUUUAUCAAACACAAUUUGUUAAGCCAGAACCAACACGUAAAGCAACUAUUCCUUUUCUACAACCAGCUUUUGCACCAAAUGCUUCAACACAAUAUCCACGUGAUCAACCGUUACCUCGUCUUAAACCAGGCACAGUUAGAACAAGAGAAGAAGGUCUUGAAGUCGAACUUGAACAUACAUAUAAACGAGCUUUAUCUAAAUAUUAUGGUCAAAAACCCGGUCGAAAUUUACCUUUAUCUGAUUAUGGAGACUUUCGAAGUCAAUGUCCUGUUUGUGAAGAUCUAAUAUUCGAAAAUAAUAUUCAAUUAAUAAGUCAUUUAUGUCAACAUUUUGAUCAACAACAACAACAACAACAAAAUAAUAAUGAACGUCAAUUUCAAUCGAAUUCACCAUUUGAACAAAUUAAUACAAAAUGUUUACAUUGUCAAUCAGAAUUUUCUAAUCCAUAUUUUUUAGCUAUACAUAUUGAUGAUAAACAUAUGCUUGAAAUGAAUGAAUAUCCAUGUCGUAUAUGUGAACAACGUCAUACAUCAUUAUUAGAAUUAAUAGCACAUUUAAAUCUUUGUCAUUGUGGUUUGGAGAUGCCCUAUUUUUGUGAAGUAUGUUCAUUUCGUACAUCAAUGCAUGCUGAUAUGGUCUAUCAUAUUGAUGAAGUACAUAAAGGAACACGAUAUUUUUUUUGUCCAUAUUGUUUUCUUGCUAUUGAAUUACCAUUUAUGAUAAAUUCAACAAAUAUAUUAAAUGGUACAUCAGCAUAUAAACAUUUAUUACUUCAUUUUAAUAAGGUUGAUCAAGGACGUACUAUACAAUCAAAAUUUAAACACUGUAGAAAAUGUAUAUUACAUGUUGCAUCAAUAAAAGAUCAUUUACAACGUGAUCAUUUAAAUAUUGUCGAUGGAAUAAAAGCUACUUAUUAUGAUGACGAAGAAAAUCAAGAAAAACUAAGUGAUGAAGGCGAACAAUAUGAUGAUUCAAUUAUGGAAACAUCUUCUUCAUUAUCAAUUGACAAAUCUUCAACAGCAAGAUAUAUUACCCCGGCGAAAAGUGGAUGA